UGGCGGUGAGGCGGGCGCCGAGGGCAGCGCGGCUUCCGCCGGUUCCGUGCCGCGGUUUGGCCAAGCCCGCGGGGCCACCGAGCGCCAGGCAGCUGCGGGAAGCCGAUGAGGCCGCCCCGAUCUUCCAGUACGUGGGGAAGGCGGCUAAGCGGAAGGAUCGAGUUUUCGUGUGGGGUUUCUCCUACUCGGGCGCUCUGGGCGUGCCCAGCUUCGUGAAGCCGGACGCGGGCUGGAAGAAGCCGCGGCGGAUCCAAGCGACGCCUUACCGACUGGAAACGGAGGAGAAGAUAACCUCUGCCGCCUGUGGUUAUGGAUUCACGUUGUUGUCUUCUAACACCACCGACAUCACCAAAGUGUGGGGCAUGGGCCUGAACAAGGACUCCCAGCUUGGAUUUCAGAGAAGCAUAAGAGACAGAACUAAAGGCUAUGAAUAUGUCUUAGAACCAUCUCCAAUUCCGUUACCACUGGAGAAGCCACAGAAGACUCGAGUCUUGCAGGUGUCCUGUGGCAGAGCUCAUUCCCUGAUCCUGACAGAUAGCGAAGGAGUCUUCACCAUGGGAAAUAAUUCUUAUGGACAGUGUGGUCGGAAAGUUGUUGAAGAUGAAGUUUACAGUGAAAGCCAUUUAAUUCAUCAACUGAAUGAUUUUGACAGCAGAGUUGUCCAGGUUGUGUGUGGGCAGGACCACAGUCUGUUUAGAACCAAGAAAGGUGAUGUCUUUGCGUGUGGUUGGGGAGCUGAUGGACAAACAGGUCUUGGACACUACAAUAUCACUAGUGUUCCAACUAAGCUAGGUGGUGACAUUGCUGGAGUAAACAUUAUCCAAGUCUCUUCCUAUGGGGACUGUUGUCUGGCUGUUUCAGAUGAGGGAGACCUCUUUGGUUGGGGAAAUUCAGAAUACUUGCAGUUGGCAUCUGUCACAGAAACCACCCAGGUGAACGUUCCCAAGCAUUUGCCAUUCAGGAUUGGGAAGAUAAAGGAGGCUGCGUGUGGAGGUACUGGCAAUAUUGUGCUAACUGAAGAAGGAAGUGUUUUUGUCUGGGGAUAUGGAAUUCUUGGGAAAGGACCAAACCUGACAGAAACAGCAGUGCCAGAGAUGAUCCCCCCCAGCCUUUUUGGCUGGUCAGACUUCAGUCCAGAUGUCCGCGUUGCUCGCGUUCGCUGUGGGCUCAGCCACUUUGCAGCACUUACAAACAGAGGAGAACUCUUUGUAUGGGGCAAGAAUCUAAGAGGCUGCCUGGGAAUUGGAAGAAUGGAAGACCAAUAUUUCCCAUGGAGGGUAACUAUACCCGGUGAAGUGGUGGAUGUUGCAUGUGGAGUUGAUCAUAUGGGAGGCUUCUGCUCCACCAAAGGGCUUACAGCUACAGAUUCACCACUCAAAGGUGAGGAGCCAGCAGCAGCAUGGAGCUGGGCAGCAAUGUGCUGGGAGGUGGUGUUCAGCACUUUGUCCUUCAAAGAGCCCUGGAGGUCUUUGCAGUGAGGUGGGUGCAGGCUGGGCCCUCACGUGGGCGCAGCUCCAAUUAACGCCAACACAACCUCCUUGAUUUUGCAUUGAUUAGCAAGAGUAAUUUGCCCUCCAAAACCCCCCACUGUGUUGUCAGUUGGGGCUUAAAAUAGCCCACAGGCACUGCGGGACAAGGCCUGGAGCAGGGCUGUGCCCAUGCAGCUGGGCACAGGGUGCCUCAGAGCCCCCCAGAACAACGAUAUUUUGGGCACCUGCAAGCUCUUUUCUCUCCAGGAGCCUUCAAAAACAAAUGACUCAGAGGACAAAUAAUCAGAGCUUUCAGAAGACUGCUGGGAUAACAUUACUCAUGACUCCAGUUCUUGUCUUUUUAUGAGUUGGAGCCUCCUCCCCCCCCUCCAGCAACUCCUGCAGCAUUUGUGCCUUUGGGUGAAGGACGAAAACCACUGAUGUGGGGCAAUGUGGGGCAGGGAGCACCUGGGUGAACCCCUCUGGCUGGGAACGUGGCACACUACAUCUUCUAAAGACAGUGCCAAGCUCUGCUUUAUUGCCAUCGGUUUGAUCAGUACAAAAGCAGACAGCAUUUCACCUUUUUUCUUUUCCUUCUUUUUCAUUUUAAUUAACACUUUUACAAAGUACAAAAUAUACUGUCAUUUGUUUUGGAA